AUGGGCGACGCGGAGCUCCGCCAGCGAAAAGCUACUACGCCUGCCCCCGAGCAAGCCAGCAAGCCCGCCGACCCGAAACCCGAGUCCCAAAAGCGCAGCGUCGACGUCGACGACGACGACGACGACUACACCCCGUGGCUCGAUAUCCUGCGCCUCCUCUCGUUCCUGCUCGUCGCAUCAUGCGGCCUGAGCUACAUGAUUAGCGGCGGCGAGAGCUGGUUCUGGGGCAUGAAGAACAAGCCGUCGUACCUCCGCGCGGACUGGUGGAAGGCCCAGCUCAGCGGGCCAAUCUACCUGACCGAGAAGGAGCUCCUCGCGUACGACGGCCGCGACGCCGACAAGCCGCUGUACCUGGCCAUCAACGGCACCAUCUACGACGUGUCGGGCGGCCGGCGCAUGUACGGGCCCGGCGGGUCGUACAGCGUGUUUGCGGGCCGCGACGCCGCGCGGGGCUUCGUGACGGGCUGCUUCGCCGAAGACCGCACGGCGGACCUGCGCGGCGUCGAGGAGAUGUUCCUGCCGCUCGACGACCCGGACGUGGACAAGUACUACACCGCGGCGGAGAUGGAGAAGCUGCGGGCCGAGGAGCUGGCCAGCGCGAAGCAGAGGGCGCACGACGCGCUGCAGCACUGGGUCGGCUUCUUCGCCAACAGCAACAAGUACAGCAAGGUUGGCUACGUGAAGAGGGAGCAGGGCUGGCUGGAGAAGCUGCCGCGGAGAGCGCUCUGCGACCGGGCGCAAAAGGGCCGAUCUAAGAGGAAGCGCAAGGGUGAUGACUAG